UCUCCUCCUCGCCCUCCUCCUCUUCCACCCCCUCCUCCCCCUCCUGUGAAGGCAUGGCCAGAUAUCACAGCGACAAAAGAGAGAGACAGUGGUAGAGAGACCUUUAGAGAGAAAGAGAGAGAGUGAGAGCGAGGGAAGAAGGCUGCAGACUUUCAGACCUGAGAGGAAGAGGAGAGGAGGAAGAAGAGAUAGAGGAGUCUCCAUCUUCGCCAUUUCAAUCAUGACUCUGGAAGAUGGUGUCUGAGAUUUGAAUUUGAAGUCUAAAGCUACAGGACCAACAGCAGAUACAGAGGUGCCACACUGAGCUACAGCCAGAUGGAGGUGAAUGCAGUUGAAAAACGCCAUCGAACGCGAUCCAAAGGAGUCAGAGCCGCCGUGGAAGCAGUAACACAGGAGUUAUUCAGCUGUCCCACCCCCGGCUGUGAUGGCAGCGGUCAUGUCAGCGGGAAGUACGCCAGACACCGCAGCAUCUACGGCUGCCCGCUGGCCAAGAAGAGGAAGGCUCUGGAAAAACAACCGCUGGAACCGGCUGCCAAGAGGAGGCCCUUCCUCACCUCCUGCCCGGGUGAGUUGGAGGAGGAUGCUGGCAGCUAUGGCAGCUAUGGGAACGAAGCCAUGGAGGUGGGGCAGGAGGGGAAGGAGCAAGGGGAGGUAGUUGAAGAGGACGAGGAGGAGGAUGAAGGGGAGAGGGAAGGAGAUGAAGAAGAAGAAGAAGAAGAUGGCGAGGUGGAAGACGAGUUCUCGGAGGACAACGAGGAGCAGGGAGAAGAAGAGGAGGAGGAAGAGGAAGAAGAGGAGAUAGAGGUGGAGAGAACAGAUACAGCAAUGGAGGGUGAGCAGGUGGAGGAAGAGGAAGAUGGGAUGGAUGAGGAAGAGGAGGAAGACGGCUAUGACGAGGAGGAGCAAGAUGAUGAGGGAGAGGAAGACGAGGAAGAAGAGGAAGAGGAAGAGCAGCGUCGUCAACAGGAGAACCACUACAAACCCGGUGGACAAUCAAAGCUCAUUCCAAUUCAGAAGGACGACAACAACAACAACAGCUGUACCAUCAGCGCCGGUAACGGGACCGGAGAGGAGUACGAGAACUACGACGAGCUGGUUGCCAAGUCACUUCUCAACCUUGGCAAGAUCGCUGAGGAUGCUGCCUACCAGGCCAUGACCGAGUCCGAGAUGAACAGCAACUCCUCCAACAGCGCCGGGGAAGACGACGAUGACGAAGAGGACGACGGCAGCGAGCAGGGCGAGAGGAAGGGUGAGCUGAGCGUGGACUUGGACAGCGACGUGGUCAGGGAGACGGUGGACUCCCUGAAGCUUCUGGCGCAGGGUCACGGCGCCAUGCUGCCUGAAGACGGCUACCCCGAAGACACCAUGGUGAACGACGGCAGCCAUACAAACGGGCGGCCCGGCAUGGGAGUCAGGGGUCAGACUGAGGAGAGCGAGGAGGAGGUGUGUCUCAGUAGCCUAGAGUGUCUGAGGAAUCAGUGCUUUGAUCUGGCCCGGAAGCUGAGUGAGACUCAGCCGUCUGAUCGUCCUGUCCACCACGUUCUCCACCACCAACUCCAAAAUCCAGCAGACCACCAGGGGGUGCACCACCUGAACAGGUAUGACAGCUGCCAGCAGGGUGCACAAGACGAGCCCCGGUCUCUGGAGCGCAGCUACUCCGACAUGGUGAACUUAAUGAAGCUGGAGGAGCAGCUGAGCCCGGCGUCCCGAGGCUACCCGACCAGCUGCAGCCAGGAGGGCGACGAGGACACCACAUCUGUGGCCUCCGACCGCUCGGACGAGACCUUCGACAUGGCCAAGGGAAACCUGUCGCUGCUGGAGAAGGCCAUCGCACUGGAAUCGGAGAGGGCAAAGGUCAUGAGGGACCGGAUGGCCUCGGAGCACGCGAUGCCCCGUCGGGAUCACCACCACCAUCAUCAUCGCGGCCACGGCGAGCACAGCCCAAGGCUGAGUAGCGCUGCAGAGGAGCGCAGGUCCAGGAUGCAGCAGGAUGGGUUGAAGAGGGCGUACUACCCUAAAGACUCUUCCAGGGGAGAGAAGAAGGAGAGCAAGUGUCCGACUCCAGGCUGUGACGGAACCGGUCAUGUGACGGGGCUGUACCCGCAUCACCGCAGCCUUUCUGGGUGUCCCCACAAAGAUCGUGUCCCACCUGAGAUCCUUGCCAUGUAUGAAAAUGUUUUAAAGUGCCCUACUCCUGGCUGCUCUGGACGGGGUCAUGUCAAUAGCAACAGGAACUCGCAUCGCAGUCUGUCCGGCUGUCCCAUCGCUGCUGCAGAGAAGAUGGCGAAGGUCCAUGAGAAGACUCACUCAACUGACAGCGGCAGUAAGACCAAUCAGGCGUCAGACCGUGUCCUCAGACCAAUGUGUUUUGUGAAGCAGCUGGAGAUUCCUGAGUAUGGCUACAAAAACAAUGUUCCCACCAGCACGCCACGAUCCAACUUGGCGAAGGAGCUGGAGAAAUACUCCAAGACCAGCUAUGACUAUGGCGGCUAUGAUGCCCAACACGGCAGCUACGGAAAGAGAGGUCUGACGACCAAGUCCCACCACCACGGACGAGACACCUCCCCGAAGGGAUUCGACGCUAAGCGCUACUGUAAGACGUCCAGCCCGGCCAGCAGUACGACCAGCAGCUACGCUCCCAGCAGCAGCAGCAGCCUGAGCUGUGGAGGAGGAGGAGGUGGAGGAGGAGGGGGAGGCGGUGGAGGUGGAAGCAGCGCCAGCAGCACCUGCAGUAAGAGUAGCUUUGACUACACCCACGACAUGGAGGCGGCCCACAUGGCGGCCACGGCCAUCCUUAACUUGUCGACACGGUGCCGGGAGCUCCCGCACGCUCUGGGAGGGAAACCCCAGGACCUGCUGACACAGAGUCCAGUUGGCGAUCUGGAUGACAGCGGGGCGGUGGAUGUGGCUGGUCAGCCAGGUGGCCCUGAGGGCAGCGGGACGGUGUUAACCCCGCUGCAGCCGAUGUCUCCCCAGCGGCAGGCUCUGCUCAGCAGCCGCUGCUACCAGCUGAGCGACACCGACUGCUGGGACCUGCCCGUCGACUGCAACAAGAUCAAACGUUUGGGAGACGAGCAAGACCACAAAGAGUCGGCUUAUUUCUCGUCCUUACACCAGAGCGACGAGCUGGAUCCCUUCCAGGAGCUGCUGGACGAGCAGCACUACCCGGCCGAGGUGACCAUGCCCAGCCCCAAACACCACAAAUACCUGCCCUGCAAGGAGAGCAAGAAGGAGCUCAUCACGUUGUCAAGCUGUCAGCUGGCCGACAAGAACAUCCGCGGGAUGAUGACCACUAACUCACAAGAACUCAAGUGUCCAACGCCCGGCUGUGAUGGAUCUGGACACAUCACUGGAAACUAUGCCUCCCACAGGAGUCUGUCCGGUUGUCCACGAGCCAAGAAAAGUGGCAUAAAAAUCCUCCACAGCAAAGAGGACAAAGACGAUCAGGAGCCAAUCAAGUGUCCAGUGCCAGGUUGUGAUGGUCAGGGUCAUGUGACAGGGAAGUACGCUUCUCAUCGCAGCGCAUCAGGCUGCCCCCUUGCGGCAAAGAGGCAAAAGGACAGCUACGUCAAUGGCUCGCAGUUUGUCUGGAAAUCUGGCAAGACAGAUGGCAUGACCUGCCCGACCCCGGGCUGUGAUGGCUCAGGGCACGUCAGUGGGAGCUUCCUGACCCACCGGAGUCUCUCCGGUUGUCCUCGCGCCACCUCAGCCAUGAAGAAAGCCAGGAUGAGUGGCGUGGAAAUGUUGACAAUCAAACAAAGAGCAAGCAAAGGUAUCGAGAACGAUGAAGAAAUCAAACAGCUGGAUGAAGAAAUCAAAGAUCUGAAUGAGUCCAACAGUCAAGUGGAGUCAGACAUGAUAAAACUGAGGACACAAAUAACCACUAUGGAGACCAACCUGAAGUCCAUCGAGGAGGAGAACAAGGUGAUCGAGCAGCAGAACGACUCCCUGCUGCACGAGCUGGCUAACCUCAGCCAGUCGCUCAUCAACAGCCUAGCUAACAUCCAGCUUCCACACAUGAGACCGCUGCCACAGAAAGAGGCCCCAGUAAAGCAUAACUGCUGUUUACAGAUGCCUCCCAGAGAACCAAUGAAUGAACAGAACUUUGACACUUAUGUGAGUACACUGACAGACAUGUACACCCACCAGGACCAGUACCAGAGCCCGGAGAACAAGGCGCUGCUGGAGAACAUCAAACAGGCCGUGCAGGGCAUCCAGGUUUAACUUUGACUGAGGCCGGAACAACAAAUGCAAAGCAAAAGCAACAAAUGGGGGGGAAAAAAGUGGAAAAAGCACGGAGUGGGUUGUUUUUUGCUGCUGUAAUCUAUCAUUAGUUCUUUAAUUUCUUCUGCGGUAAUGCUCUCAACUCCAUGGGUAUCUCUUUUUUUAUUAUGUUGAUUGUUGUUGCCUUGCUUUGAAAAAAAAGGUUUUAAAUGAACAUUCACGUUUUGUACAUUUUCAUAUGACCUAAUAUAAUGUGAUGUACUGUUUAUAGCUGCUAAUGUAUGCACAUUCUAGUGUAUAUGUAUGUAUUUAUUUAUUGUAAGCUUGAAUCAUGUUUUAUUUUAAUGCGAUUUUUUUCAUACAUCAGAAAAAAAAAUACAAACUGGGCGUCACGGGUUUAACAGGGAGCAGAGCGGCGACUGGAACAUGAAGAGCAACCACUUCUGAAAAGCUUCUCACGAGCUUGGAAGUUGCUCAUUAAUUCUUUUUGUUUUCCUCUUAAUGUCUGGAAGCGGACACUAAUGUAAAUCUUUAGCAAUGAUGAGAAGAAGCGAUGCUAUGAGCAAGAAGAUUUCAAACAUCACGACACGGAAACUUUUUGGUGCAAAAUCCCAUCACCCCCUUCGGAGUUGUUCCGUUUCAAAGCUGUCCUGUUCCGCGGCCCGCUUUUUCUUUGUUCGUGGGAGGGAGUGCCAGUGGAAAGACCAAUGGCUGCAGAAAAUAUAGGAGACAAUCUGCCAUUGUGAAUUUAUUUGAAAUCAUCAACCUCGACUAGCUAAUAGAACAACGUGUCAGCAAUAUUGGUAUGAUAAUAUUAAAGCGUUUGUUUAGAUAUGGGAUGCAAUCUAUAUGAAAAAAAGUUGUUUGGGUAUAUGCAAUUUCUUAUGAAUAAAACUAGAAAAGAGCUGAUAGAUCUUUUUACUAACUAUAAAUGUAUUGCGUUUUGUAUAAACCUUUUACUACAAUCAUGUUUUAGGAAUCUGACACGGGUGAGAGGACUUUGGUUCUGUCAUGUUCGACUUUGCACAGGGACACCUUUGUUUCCAUGUUUUGAUGUUUUUAUUGCCCGUUAAGAGGCACUUAGCAGGCAAACGGAUCUGUAGAUAUGACUUUUCUUUCUCGAGGCUGACGGCUCCGCUGGACUAACAGGGUCAAAGUUCCCAUCCUUCAUUGUAUAUUGCACUCGUUCUGUAGAAAACGUCUUUCCAGUCAUGCAUCUUGUUGUCUGAGCCACAAUGAGACAUGAUGCCAGACGACGUGAUGACCAAGCACCGCUUUUCUUUUUUUCUUUUUUAAGUCUUUGUAAUUGAAAAAGAUGAAUGAAAACUAGAGCCAGCAGUCGUGACGUCUGUGCACUGAAUUUACCGACUGAGUAUUUGAUCUGAAUCGGCCUUACCGAUGACAUUCGGUCUGAAAUCACAGUACUGAUGGAACAUGUUUUCUCAACACCGUCGAUCAUGCAUGCACUUUAUUGGAGUAUGUUAAAGUAUUAUCACGUGGUAAAUGAAGCAAAAACUGUACAGCGAGUUUGUGGAAACUGACUUUGAUAAGACUUUGCGCUGGAGAUGCCUGUGGGAAAGCAACUUGAAGCAAAUUUCACUGAGUUGAUUUAUUUAAGGGAAAACUCCCCCUGUGGUCUCUCCCCAGUCUCCUUUAUUUCACAGUCCAAGAUUUAGCAGAAGAAAACGUCUUCACGGUCAAGCUUUUGUCUGAAACAUCACAGUUCAGGAUCUCUUCUUUGGUAUGCAGACACAUUCUAAAACGUGUUUUCACUGGAUAAUAAGACAAUAAUCAUUUUUUAAUAUGUCUGCCAUCUUUUCCAAAAUAUGGUGUCAACAGAGUGGAAAACUGUAGUGCCCUUUUAUUUUCUGCAUAGACAUUGUAAGAUGACUCCUGGAGGACUUAACCUCCUGAGACCUGGGCUCAUGUUUGGGUUACUUGGGAUGUAACAGGCCUGUGUUGGUUAGAAUGGAAGGAGGGUGCGUGGUUCCAAAAUGAGUUGAAAAAAUCUCAUAUGUUUUCUGUGUGUACAUAAAAACGUGAUUAUAUGUUGUAAGCCGAUUACAACCCCCAAUGUUUCCAGAAGAUUAAUUGAACCGAGUGCAACUUUAGGUUACCCACUAAUAACACUAACAAAAAGUAUAAAUCAAACCUAAUUCUUUAUAGAAACAGAUAAUAUGAUGGGAAACUGUGUUUAUGCAAUGCAAAAUGUUUAAACAUUUGCACAUCUGAUGGGCUUCUCUGCAUAUGCUGACUGAUAUAUUACUGUAAAGCCACUCUGGACCAAAUUAAGACAUGAAUAGUAUCACUGUAUAUGAUCCAGGAGCCUCGUGAGAAUCUAGGAUGGAAAUGUUUGAGUAUAUUUUUAAAAUAGAUUUGUUUGAAAUUGUAAUACAUGGAUAAAGACAAAUUUUGGAACUUGCACUAUACAGCUUAGUUAUAGCAGUUAGACAGUUAAAGUGAUGAAAGGGUGGAAUUUUCCUCACUUAUACAAGCAUAAAAGUUUAAUUUAAUGUUUUAAAGGAAAGCAAUUUAUUGGAUUGUUUCUAAAUAAUACAUAAUUACGCCACCAUAAUUACCAGCAGAAACACUUGAUACAGCUGGUAUCCAUAUGAAAGUUUUUAGACAAGCGGUACUAAUGAAAGCUGAAACUUCAAAGUACAGAAAUGUUGAUAAAUCUUUUAUGGAAACUAAACUGCAUUUCUGUGUAAUCAGGUGCAGCAGUAUGUGCUGAUAUAUUUAAACCUGCACAAAUAACCAGCUCGUCUAGAUAUGAAUAUAAAUGAGGGGAAAAUAUUUACUUGUGUAAAAAAACUACAAAUU